UUAGAGCUCUUCAGGACCAGCUCUUAUUUUGCAGACGGACCAUUGUUUAUAACUAAAAUUAAGAAAAAGAUAAUUUUUUAAAAUAUUAAACCAUAGGCCCUAUUAUAUUAAAUAUAAACCUCAUGUAGUCAGGUCGAUUCAGUUAUGUUAAAUACUAUUUUUGAUUUAAAGAAUAACAGUUUAUUUAGAUGAUUCACAUUUAUUUUCAGUGUAUAGCAACUUUCAGUGUUUUGAGCUAUUAAAAGGGGCAUUGGUCUGUCAGACCCUAUAGCAAGUAAGGGUUAAAUUUGUUCAGUCGUGCAGAUGGAAAUAAUGUGCAGUUACUCCAUGAAUAUCUAUACUGUUUCCAAUAUUUCCUGUGAGAGAUGUAUCGCCCACAUUCUCGGUUCACUUAAUAACGGUCUCCAGAUUUCGGGAAUGCAGAUGUUGCUCUUUUGCGCACCUCGUUUCCGCACUGUCAUUAUUUCCGUUUCCACUCUGGGGAAAGUUAUGUCGAUUUGCGAAGAGUAGCGGUCUCAUAACGGUAAGAAAUCAUAACUGUGAACUUUAUUGGAGAAUAGAAGUGUUUGACCGGCGCGAUGGGGGACACCGAGGCUCAGGAGAGUAACCGAUCACGGGAGGCUGGUGUUCGCUCUCUUCUCCCGAGUAAAGAGUUCAUCUCCUCCCGAAAAGGACAACUUCUGAUCGGUGAAGUGGUGCUGUCGUUCAUCAGUUUUGUGUGUUUUGCUGCCUCAACAGCGGCUGCCUUUGUCACAGCUCCUUUCAUUGAAUUCUUAGCAGGCCUCUUCCUGCUCUUUGCUUAUUCUACAAAGUUCAAUGAGAGAUUCAAGGGCUUUCACUGGCCCCUCAUGGACUUCCUGCGCUGUGUCAGUGCCUCCAUUAUCUUUUUCAUAAUCUCUAUAAUAUCCGUGUCAAAGUAUCCGGAUGGAGCCUCCAAGGCUGCUGGGGUCUUUGGUUUCAUUGCCACAAUAAUUUUUGCCCUGGAUUUUUAUUUCAUCUUUAAUGAACUGGCUAACUUCCUCAAGGGAGGGGAUUCCAGUGAGGAGCCACACAAUACACGAGAUGAUGACUCAGACUCUGACUCUGACUAAAGCUGUGAUUGUGUCCGAGAGGAUCUGGUAUGUGACCACUACAGUGCCUGAUAACCAAAAAACAGACUUUGGAAUGUCCCCAGAAGUGUACCACUGUCUAUCCAUACCAUACAUGUCUAUGUACUGCCUCUAAACAGCUUAUGUGUACUUUUUGUAUUGUUUACAUAUGUGUGAUUGCUUACAGUUUAUUGUGUUCAUUUUUAUGUGCAAGCCUUUUUCUACUUCUAUACUUAAGUGUUUAUGAAUUUAGUUAUUUUCUCAAAAUAUUUUCUCUAAAAACUGACCUCGCAUUACCUUGGCGAUGAAGCCUGGUACUGGGGAUAAUGCUUUUUUUGAAUGUUUUGUACCAAAAAAAAAAAAAAAGAGGUUUACAUCCUAUCUGAAAAUAGCAGCUACCUGUCUCAUUUCCACAGGUCUACACAUUGGUGUUAAUUUUAUGUUAGGCCAAAGUACUGCAAAAAUUAGUGUUAAUUUUCUCGUAGUGUCCAAUUAGCCAUGCCAUUAGUGCACUGCCCUGCAACUGAACCUGUAAAAACAUUUAAGUGGGAGCUUUAGCAGUGCUUUAAGGAGCGUCUCCUGGUUUCUGUAUUCUCAGGCAUGCUGCAUUUAUCCACAUAAAAUAUAUUCUAGUGUUUCUGUGAAGGACUGAUUCUUAAUGAUGAUCUUAAUGUUUAUUAUAUACAAAUGAUGACAUAAUAAUUUAGCAACUGCAGAAUCAAAAGAUGAUUUAGGGCAUUUAUAGUGACAAAUAUAGUGUGCAUUUCCUUGAUUGAAUCAUAAUCUAAAUGCAGGGAGUGCAUUUUCACUUACAUUUAUGUAUUUGGCAGACACUUUUAUUCAAAGUGACUAAGUUCAUUCAGGUUAUCCAUUUGAUCAGUUUGUCUUGGCAUUGCGAGUACUAAAGAGGUACAAAAGUAGCAAGACUUUUUUUUUCACAUAUAGAUCAACAUGGUCUAUCCAAAUCCAUUUAUUGGAGGAAAAGAUUGCCAUCACAAAUAUUUUCAAACAAUAAGCAUUUAUCAUGUCUACACGCAAAUCUAUAAAUACAUAUAUAAAAAUUAGAGUACUGUUAAAGGAAGAAAAACAUCGCUGUCUUUAAUAUGGGAAAAGUCAGCAAGAAACAAAAUAAUCAUCAGUUGUAAUCACACAGUACAAUCUUUAUCCAAAUUUUUAGUCACUCAAAAUGUCAACAGUUCGUUUGGAAAAAGUUCAUCAUGGUAUAUACUUCAAAAAUCUCAAAUUUGUCAGCUGAAAAUACACAGUCCAAACCAUAUGGUCAAAAUCAGGGAUUAUUUGGAUGCUUAAAUCUUCUAAUGAGAAGUUUAGCAUAUAUUGUCAAAGCACAGUAAAAGCUGUUAAACAUUAUUAAUGCAUAACACAUAGUAUUGCCAUCAAUAUCAGAAAAAAUGAACACUGGCUUCAGUUCUUUACCUCAGGGUCCUUCACUACGACAUUAAUCAUUCUUGUGAUUGUCUUGAAACAUCUUUAAACCCUACACAGUGUUCAAGAAAAGAGUCUAGGAUUCAAAACCAUUUCAUUUACAUGUUGGUCUCAUGCCAAUAAGUAACAGUGACUUCAAUUAAGAACUCGAGUAAGACACAAAGGUAUGAAUUAUAUGUGGAAUUAUAUUAAUCAAAGUGUUACUUCAAGAAUAAAACCAUGUGCAAUUGCACUAGACCUUAAAAUUGAUCCACUGCUUUCUGAUUAAACAUAAAUAUUCUAAUUAUGAUAGGCUGUUUCAAUUCCCCUCUGAUGUAAUUCUACAACAUUCCUUUUAAAAAGACCCACUAGAUCAAUAAUGCACUUUUAGAAUGGGCCAACUUUCAUUUUACACUGUAAACCCUAAAGUUGCAUUACUGGAAUUAUCAAAUUGUCUUAAUUAUUACUUGAAAUAUCAAUGCUGGGCUCAUAACUCCAAUAUUUAAGUUCACUGUACUUAAUUAUCUGAAAAAUCGCUAGACGUCAGAUUUUAAGUGUUAAUAACUAUAAACAUUUAUGUGCAAAAUUGAAGCUGUUGGGGAAUGCCCAUGAUGCCUUGGGCUUGGAUUAUUUAUGUUUCCUUGGUCAAAGGGAACUUACAGUAUGGGGGCAUUUAAAUAGUUGUUAUUAAAAGUUUGAGCUCUUUUGUACUAUUAUUUAUUUUGUUUAGUUGCAAAUAGUUGUUUCAUGUGAUGUCACCAUUAGGGUGAACAGUGUCCCAUUUGGACAAGUUGGAACCUAUUGACUAAUUCUCUUUCUGCAUGUGCAGUUAAAGUGCAGGUAUUUAUGCAUUUCUUUGGAGAAUUAAGUUUAUUUAAUGACUGACCUAGAAUCAGUUAUGAUCUUUAUUUGAGCUGAGCUAUUGUUUGAUCUAAAAUGGAAUCAAUUCAUUUAAAAUGAUCAAAAAUAGUAGAAACAACAAUAUUUAAAUAGCAAACCUGAGUUAAGUCUAACCUAAAUAGUUAAGUUCAUUCUAUUUAAUCACCAAGUUAACUGAAAUUAAUUACAUAAGUUUGGGAUUUUACUCAAUCAAAUAAGUAGUCAAUUUUUUAGGGUUUUCAGUGUAGGGAUCAGUUUAUCAAAGCAAGACUUUUCAUUUUAAUUUAAUACCCACUGACCUUUUAAUACAGAUAUUCUGAUAAUGCGGUCAUAACAUUAUGUCCAGGAUUUUGAGCAUUUUGACUAGUCUAGCCUCUUUUACAUAAGGCACAAAUAUAUCGGACACCCAGUACACUCAUUCCUUCAAAUACAGUCUAUGAAUGUCAGUCAUAAGAAUUCAUACAAUCAGGGACCCUUCAUGAAAGUCAUUUCAUAUUAUACACACAGAUACUUAAUAUAUACACCCUCAUCAAUAACUCUAUCCUUGGUUAAAUCAACAUAUACAGAUAACUGGACAGAGCUGGCGUACACAGUGGAGUAUAGAAAUCCUUACAAAUAAACACAAAGACCCAAACAACAACAACAAAUAGACACACACACACACACACACACACACACACACACACACACACACACACACACACACACACACACACAAUUUAGAUUUCUUUAAAGUAUCUAAUAAUGUGUAGUAACCAAAGAUUAGUAUAUAUACAUUUUUCCCAGUACACAUAAACGCAUACUCCCAUCAUGCCCUGUAGACUGAAAGCUGUUGCAGCAAGUUUUAAUGCAGGUUCAUAUUCAAGAAUUGAAAUAUUAUGUUUGGUACUACAUAGCUACCAAAGCUGUGGUAUAAUAAAAAUAGUUAACAUUAAAAUAAAUACUGGUGCUCCUGGUGACCCAUUCUCUACAGAGAACAUUGCACAAAGUAACUGCAUUUUACUCAGAUGUGUUUGAUACAGGAUGAUCAAGGCAGAGAGAAAAAUUGCUAUUCCACUUCAGUGAAACAUAUGUGGGUAAAUCGUUAAAAUAAAGGUUAAAUCAGUCUAUUAAAGGAAUAGUUCGGCCCAAAACUGAAAAUGCUCUCAUCAUUUACUCAUCCUCAUGCCAUUCCAGAUGUGUAUGACUUUCCUUCUCUGCAGAACACAAACAAAGAUUUUUUGAAGAAAAUUCCAGCUCUGUAGGGCCAUUCAAUGUAAGUGAAUGGUGACCACAACUUUCAAGCUCUAAACAAUGCAGCAUAAAAGUAAUCCAUAAUGGUUAAAUCUAUGUCUUUAGAAGCAAUAUGAUAGGUGUGUGUAAGAAAGAGCAAAAUGUAAGUCUAUUUUUACUAUAAAUCUCCACUUUAACUUUCACAUUCUUUCACAUUUUGAAAGUGAAAAUAGAGUUUUAUGGUAAAAAAAAAAAAGGACUUAAAUAUUGUUCUGUUUCUUACCCACACCUAUUAUAUCACUUCUGAAGAUAUGGAGUAAACCACUGGAGUGGUAUGAAUUACUUUUAUGAUGCCUUUUUUUC